UCAGGCUGUUUUCACAUCCCAAACCUUCAAGGUGAAGGUCGUUCGAUUAUUUCUCAACAUCAAUAUCGUGCUCCCUUACUUAACUACGUAUACCGAUCGACGUGUUGCAAUUGCAAUACAAAAAAGGGCGUGGCAUGGUUGCUGGAAGAGCGAUCAGCAGUAUUUACAAAUGUUUUGUUGUGCUCAAGUGUAGGAGUUGUGCAGAAGAAGUAGUGUAUGUAAGCCGAGGCUGUGUUACCAUGUCGUACUAAGAGUAUUACGAAGGGACGUGUUUUAACAUAGUGGUAGCUAGAUCUGUUAUAGUUAAUUAGCACGUAAUACGAGAUUAUUGACUGUUACAGUGUUAUAUAUCAUAUAAAGGCUGUAGUAAAUAACUAACGGCCUUAUCAUGUCUGAAGACGACGGCAUUGUGUUAGACUCGUAUCGUACGGGAACAAACCCUGAUUUCAAUACUAGUAAUAGCGGAAACAUGGAGUUGUCAAAUUUAAUAGAUGAAAGAGGGUCAGUAUCUGAUAAUAAAGAAGGUAGGGGUGCCAAUGGAGAGGGAUUAAGACGGUCUGAGAGUGCUGAAAUUAUUAAUUUAACUCUUCAUCAAUGUGCUAGAGAUGGCGACGAAAAAAAUCUGAAAAUACUUAUACGGCACAUGCAACAUCAUUUAAAACGGAAGAUUAAUCAACAUGACGAUGAUGAGUUAAGCCCCCUUCAUUACGCAGCACGAUAUAAUCAUUUGAGUGUUGUUAAAUUACUGGUAGAAAACAAUGCAGAUCCAAAUGAUAGAGGAGAAGAUGGCAUCACACCUCUCCAUUACGCGGCUCGAUAUCGACGUGAACGAAAAAAAAAGCGAGAAGCUUCGGAAGAAGAGGAACAAAGUGAUGAAAAUUUAGAAGAAACUGGUGAAUCAGUGGUCACAUAUCUGAUUACAAAAGGUGCUAGUAUCAAUGCCACUGAUAUUUAUGGUCAGACCGCUCUAAGUUUUGCUGCUAUGCGUGGUAAUGAACAAGCUGCUCAAGAUCUGCUCAGCUUUAGAAAAAGUACACACCCCAACAUUCGUGAAGAAAUAAAUAUUGAAGCUCAAGAUCUCCAGGGAAUAACAGCUUUACAUUUGGUAGCGAUUCAUAACCAGGUAGAAAUUGCUCGUAUGUUGAUUGAAAGUGGAGCCAAUCUACGGUGCUGUGAUAAAGAACAAAGUACUCCCCUCCAUCAUGCUUGUUCUGAAGGAAAUAUUGAGAUCGUUAAAAUGUUGUUUGAAGCAGGAGCCAAAACACCAGAAGGCUGGGUAAUGAUAUCCAAUAUGGUGACUGAUACAGACAUUGAACAGAGCACAUGUUUACAUUUGGCCGUUGAUAAUGGACAUUAUGAUGUUUGUAGGUUAUGUUUGGAGAAAAGGGCAGAUGUAAAUGUUCCAAGAAAACAUUAUAUGCACCCACUUCACUUGGCAGCAGUUUCUGGUGAAAUCAGAAUUGUUCAGUUGUUAGUAGACAAUAAGGCAAGAAUUGAUGUCCUCAAUGACGAACAAGCCACACCUCUGCAUAAAGCUGCUCAAUUUAACCAUUGUGAAGUAGUCAAGUUUCUGGUAGACAGGAAAGCUAAAAUUAAUUGUCGAGAUAAAGAUAACUACACUCCACUGCUUUUAGCUGCUACGUAUGGUAGAACCGAAUGUGUUGAGUUGCUGCUAGAGAAAAAUGCUGAUUAUACAGUUGUAGAUAAAGAUGAUAAAACAGCCAUUUAUUUAGCUGCUGAGGAAAACCGCCUUCAGACUCUGCGGACACUGCUGUCAGAUUCACGUAUGAAGGAAUUGAUUAAUACAGGUGAUAAAUACAGCAAUGAUCCUCUCCAUGUUGCUGCUAAGGAAGGCUUUUUAGACAUUGUUAAGUGUCUUUUGGAAAAUGGAGCAGAUUUGGAUUCAAAGAACGAAGAAGAACAAACACCUGUUCAUUUGGCUGCAAGAUAUGGUCGAACCAUUAUUGUCAAGGAACUAGUUAAACAUGACAAAUCAGUAGUCUAUGAUGAAGAUGAAGAUUCAAACACUGCUCUACAUCUUGCAGCAAUGUAUGGACAUGAUAAGGUGGUGGAAAUAUUGAUAGAAUUUGGAAGCGAUGUUGCAGCAAGAAACUACAAUCAGUGGACACCAUUAGAUCUGGCAGCCUCAAAAGGUUGGUCAAAAACCAGUAAAAUUUUACUGGAGCAAGAUGCACCUAUUGAUCCAAUGGAUAAAUCAAACACCACACCACUACAUCUUGCAUCACGAGCAGGUCAUGCACAAGUUGUUGAACUUUUAUUAGACUGGGAUGCCAAUGUCGCGCAACGUGACGCAGAAGGAAAUAAUAGUCUCGAUUUAGCCAUUGAACACCACAACAUGGACGUUGCCUUCACAAUAAUUGCAUCCCCUGUGUGGGAAGACGCUCUGCGGAAUGCAGCAUUAGACCUUACUACAGGAAUACUAGACACCCCAAUGAGACGACUUAUUAGAAAAAUGCCAGAAGUUGCUGAAAAAGUAUUUGACAAGUGUUUGAGUUAUGGUGCUGAAAAGAACCCCGAAAGACCUAACUAUGAAAUUACGUUCAACUAUGAAUUUCUCGAUGAUGCAUAUGCACCAUGGAUGGACAUCAAGCCAGAUUCAAGUGAAUAUGGAUCAGCAUCAGACAGCGUGUUUGAGGAUGAAAAUAAAGUUAGUGAUACUGCAAGAGCUUAUACUUCAGAUUCUAAUUUAUUGAAGACGAAUCAUCCUAUUAUGAUUAUGGUAUCAUCAAACCGAGAAGAUCUGUUGGGACAUCCUUUAGUGACCUCUCUUUUGAAUCAUAAAUGGAAGUCAUUUGGAAGAUUCAUUUACUAUCUCCUGCUCUUCAUUUUUGCGAUCUUUCUUGUUUUUCUAACUGGCUAUAUUACGACAACUGUGGCACCGUACCAGUACAAAAGAACUGAUGCUGAUCUUAUUAUUAGCAACAACUGUACCAAUUUAACAGAUAAGAGAGAAAAACAUACUUUUGCUAAGAUAGGAAAAUGGGUAAUUUUGGGGCUUGCUGUGUUUAAUCUGCUUAAAGAGUUACUUCAGAUAUUUCAAGCAAAGUUGAGCUAUCUUGGUUGGACUAAUCUUAUUGAAUGGGUAACUUACGUGACUGCUUUACUACUGGUUAUAGAUUUUAAUGAAUGCCAGGAUAUAACGGGUUAUAGGUAUGACUGGCAAUGGUCUCUUGGAGCUGUGUCUAUUUUUUUGGCUUGGAUGGAUCUAGUAUCAUUUAUUCAGAAAUUCCCAAGAUUUGGAAUUUAUGUGGUCAUGUUGACAGAUGUAUUAAAAACAUUCGCUCAGUUUUUCAUAGUGUUUUUCCUGUUCAUAGUUGCAUUUGCUCUCGCCUUUUUCACCCUGUUUCAAAAUCAAAUUGCCUUCAGAUCUGUAGGUAAUUCACUGAUGAAAACAUCAGUAAUGAUGAUUGGAGAAUUUGAAUUUGGUGAUGUUUUCAACACAGAAGUCACAUCAAAUGAUGCAGCUGAUCAGGUCUACAUGCCAGAGGUGUCAUACCUUUUGUUUGUAGUCUUCAUGAUAUUGAUGUCAAUUAUUAUCAUGAACUUGUUGGUUGGUUUAGCUGUUGAUGAUAUUAAAGCUGUCCAGGAGCAAGCUAUCCUCAAGAGAAUGGCCAUGCAGGUUGAACUGGCGCUGGAUGUGGAGAGGAUUCUACCUGAUGUCUUGAAGAAAAAGUUUUACAUUAAACGAAAUACCAUUAAACCAAACAUGCUUUUUAACAACACGGUCGCCAAGAUCUUUAAGGUGGAAUCAUCUCUAUCAGCUCAUACUAUCCAAAAGGCUUUGAAUCCAGAGCUUGAUGAUAUAGAAAAGGUACAAGAAGCCCAGGAGAAGAUGCAAACUGAUUUAAAGAAAAUAAAGAAAAAUAUGAAGAGUAUGAGAGAACAGAAUUCAAGAAUAGAGAGUAUGUUGAAAGCUUUAGUCACUCAGUCUGCGGAUAUUAACUGGCAAGAAGAAGAUUUCCAGGAUGACAAUGAACAAAUAGUUAUGUGAAAAUAGAUUCUUUAGACAAUAGAACAUGAAUUUUUCACCAGGAUUAUUUUAGUUUUCAAAAGAAAUCCAGAAAGUGCUUCUUAUCCAUGUUUGUGUCUUUUUUGUGAUUCAAUGUUUUAGCACUUAUAAAAAAUUGUAACUGAUUCUUCUUUUGAAUUAUUAGCUGGAUUUAGUGUAUUUAUAUAAACUUGGAGAUCAGAAAUGUGUAUAAUUUGUCCCCAUAAAAGGAAAAAAAGAGGGUUUAUUUGUAAUUUUCUCAGGUAGUUUAACAGUGUAUCCUUAUAUUAAAAAAAAAUAUUUACAGUUUAAGAAGAUAAUCAAAAUUAAAGGGAAUUUUUUUUUAUUUUUGAUGUGAAAUCAAUUUACAGUGGCACGUUCAAAUCAAAUUUUAUAGCAAUGGUUUUUGUUUUAAAAUAUGUAAAUUGAUUUCAUUCUACAUCCAGGCCUGCAGAUAACAGUUUGUGCUGGACAUGUGUUUGAAAUAUCACUGAAAACACUGCAAAUAGAUAUAUCUGUUCAAGACAAAAUGACAGGCAGCAGAGAAACGGUACCUGACAAAGUCUGAAUUCAUACCUUACAAUGUCUGUGACAGGUGCCUUAUUUCCAGGCUUGUCUACAUGUGAUGUGUGAUAUAUGAAUUUUCAUCACAUUGCUCAAGUUGGAUUUUCAUUGGACUCUAUAUUUUAUAUCACGUAUGUGUUAAUAGUUUUGUUGAAUUUUCUAAUAUUUUUACAGUGUGCUCAAUUAUACAAUUACACAAUUACACUUUUUUUCAUCUUCGUUAUUUAGACAUAAUAAAUUAACUACUGUAUUAAGGUGUUUGCACUCAGUGUUGGCCGAAAAAUUCCUGAUGAUUUUCCAGCACAGUUGCCCCCAUGUCAGUGGUACAGGAUGGACCAUUAUUUUUAAAUGGAAAUGAAAUGAAAUGGUGUUUAACGUCCUACUAUUCAACACCAUUUCAUUUCCAUUUAAAUCUAACGGUCCAUCCUGAUUUAAAUAGAUUAGAAAACUUGUGAGAUUUUAAAAUUUACGAUAAAAUGGUUAAUUGGACUUAGUUGGCAAUUACUGUUGUUACGAUUAUCAGAAAUCUACACUACACCUCAAACACCCAUAACAUCGCUCAGAAAAAUGUGAUUUGACUGCAAUUUUCAAUAUAUUCAUUUUUCAUUAUCUAUAUAUUUUUUAAAACUAUUAUAUAUAGCAAAAAUGGCCAAUUCUUUAUUGAAAUUUUACAUAAUGUUUUGUUCUUAUCUUGAUUCAUUGAACUUAUAGAUUGUGUAAGAUAAUGGCGACCAUGACUAUAGUUGGGUUUCUUUAUAUGUGGCUUGAUCUGUUUCUGACCAUUCUCUUAUCUUAUUAAUUUUUCCACUUUUCAGUAGGGUAACAAUUGUAAAUAAUGUAGGGAUCAUUUUGAAGAGACCAGUUUGCAUGAAAUAUUCUUCUUGAUGUUUUGUUUUCAUAUUUCAUAUAUUUCAUAUUUUGAUAUUUUUUUAUGUAUUUAAAACUGUUUGGUUGUUUUACAUAUUAUAACUGUUUGUUUUGGAGUUCUAUAAUUGUUGGGGAUCACGUGGCUAAGUGGGUAAGACGCUGGCUCGCUUGUCUGGAGGUCGGGUGUCCGAUCCCUGCAUUGGCAGAGAAAGUUCAUCCAGAUUUUCCGGCGUGGUUUCCCCUUGUCAGUGAUGCAGGACGGAGGGCCUAACCAGGAUAGCUGUUUAGUCCUUUGGAUGAUAUGAAAAACCGAGGUCCCGUGUAUAUAUUGGAAUGCACGUAAAAGAUCCCCUGGCAGUUGGAAUUCGAUAUAAGAGUAGGCGAUAGUGCUGCUGCCUGGGCAAAAUUUCCCUCAUAGCACACUGUAUGGCGUAUGCCCGUCUUCAUGAGCCCAGUAUAGGAGCAGAACAGUAGGACGUUAAACCCCAUUUCAUUUCAUUUCAUUUCUAUAAUUGUCAUAUUGUUAACAAAGUCCUUCAGUGAAAAUGUUAGUCAGUAUAACUUAUAUAUUUGGUCAUUUAUUCUAUAAGCCAGAUUUAUCUAAUAUUUAAAUGUGUAUUUGAUAUACUUGAUGUUAUUAUGAUAUUAAUUAUCUAAAAUAACAGUCAUUAAUAAGCAUAGAAAUCAGAGACUUUGGAUAUUAAUUGUAUACAGAAUGUCUCUUUAAAUCUUACAACUAAGCUCAUUUAUCAAUAAUCUCAAGGUAUUCAUUAUUGAUUAAUGAAUAAUCUCGAAUACUUAUUUGAAAUACACAUCGUAUCACUUGGAUAAAUUUAACUAAUCGUACCAGUUGUGAUAUUAAUAUACAUAUUUUGUGUGGGUUAUUGUAAAUGUAGUAGACAUAAAACCUACAUGUAAUCUCAGCUGUUUAUAGACAGACAUUGUUGGGGUCCACAGACUAUGCUUAGUUUAUGGCCAGAUCUAUAUAUGCAUAUACAUUGUACAUAAGUUAUUUUUUUUUACUGUUGUUGGUAGUUAUAACGACACCUGUAUUGGUGGGAUGUUUAGAAAGUGGGGAGUAACCAUUGGACAAGGAACACCUAACUAUUUCACCGUUAAGGGUAUUUUUUUGAUAGGUCUAAAAACCAAAAUUCCUCAAAUCCUGCAUAUAUAACUACUGUAUAGUAAGCCUUUCUAUUGUAACCAAGUUUUGAAACUUUAAUCCAGAAAUUAAGUUCAAAUUUGAUUACACAGAUUUUUUUUUGUUAAAGUACAAAUCCGAUAACAGGUUUAGUGGGUUAUACUGUAUAUACAUGUAGCAGUAUUGUAUAGGGGUAUAAUAUUUUUGGAAUGUGUUUACAUAUUUAUAUUGGUUGAGUGAACACAUAUAAUAUAGUAGGGUAUACCACAAAACCCCUUUAACUCUUGACCUUGGUUCAAAAUGAUCAACUGCUGUUUAAUAAUAUGAAGGAUAUAAAUUUAGAUUUAUGAACUUUUAAGAAUAUUGAUUUAUCAUUUUUUUUUUGUCUACUUAACCUCUGUACAAUACAGUUAUGAACUUCUACUUAUAAUGUAAUUACAGUGUAUCUGUACUGAAGCGUAUAAUAUAUGUUUAUAUAUAUAAUAUAAGUCAAGGUGACAAUUUUAUAUGUACUUAUAGAAUAUACAUGUUUAGGUUAAUAUAUUGGCCAAUAAUAUAUAUACAUUUAUUGUACUUUAUAGUCAUUUAUAUACAUUAUCUUGUUCAGCAAGUUUUUGUAAAUAUUGUAAUGUACAAUAGGGGUUAAAAACCUUGCAUUUCGAAAUACUGUUCUAUGUACAUAUUGCGCAAUGAGUAUCAGUGAAUAUAUGAAUAUAUUUACCAAUUUGAACUUAUCCACCUAAUGUGUGCAAUGAUUAAGUAAUAUUAGAUUUAAAUAAGAACUGGAAUAGAUAUGUCAGUUUUGUUUGAUCAACCUAUUUGGUCUUGUUAUAUAUUCACUAGAUUUAUAUGUAGGGAAGGUCAUUUUUACUGGAUAUUACCAUGACAUGAUCGAAUAUUACAGAGUAAUACUUCAUUAUGUGGUUCCACUAUUAUGUCAUCAAAAUGCAUGAUCUUAAAAUGAUUUUAUGUUGCAAUAAAGUAAAUUCAUUAACUAAGUUAUGCAUUCAUAAUUUGAAGUAGGGUAAACAAAAAUUCAGGAAAUUAAAAUUUGGGUAGCUUUAAAUGUAUACAUUUUAUACAUAAAGUAGUGUCAAUUUUGUAAAUCUUCCCCUUUUAAUAAAGUAAAAAUAGGGUAGUAACUUAAGAGAAUUUAAAUAUUUAGUUUAACAUUGUUGAAAUGUAAUAAUCUAAAUUGUUGCAACGAUUCCCUUUACUGCGUAAAGUGUAUUUGUAUAAAUGUUGUGUAUAUUUAGAAUUGUUAAAGAUGCAUUAUGUAAGAGUUAAAUCUGCCCAUGGCCUCAAAUGCUAAAUAAAUUAUUAAUAAGACAAGACAUUUAUUCAUAUGACAAGCCCAUAAUCAAGUCUCUAGAAUUGGAUGGUUGUAAUUUUCAAUGGAUUUAAACACAGUCGCUAUUUUAUAAUUUAAUUGAAAAAUAGAUAAUCAAGACUUUGUUUAUUAUCAUAACAACCAGGGUAUAUAUUAUUCCAUUUCUGCCAAUAAAUAUUGUUGGCUGUGAGGGAGGCUAUUGUCAUUGGUUUAUAAAAAAAAAAAAUAUUUCAUCAUUGAAUGAGUAAUGAUAUUUUUCUACUUUGGUGUGGCAAAGCAUAUUUCUGACUUAAUUGUGAGCUGAGGAAGAACAGAAGGCAUAUUGAGGACAAAAAGUGAGAAAAGUUCAAUUCAUGGGGGCAGGGUGAGGAAAAACAGAAAGCAUAUUGAGGGAAAAAAAAAACAUUGUUGGAGUAAUAUACACCCCUGCGUAACAAUGGUACUUGACAAUUAAGAUUAUUGUGAACUCUGAUUAAUUCGCUCAGAAAUAGGUAAUUUGACUAAAAUAUUCAAUAUACCGGUAUUCCUUUUUCAACAUCUAUUUUUGAACUAUUAAAGCAAGAAGGUCAGCUUUUAUCUAAAUCUUACAUAAUGCAUAUUUAACUGAAUGAAUAUGUAUCUUGGACUAGUAGCUUAACUUUUACCUUGUUAGUGUGAUAAUAUUUGUGAUAAUAAUGUUAAAGUUGUGAUCGAUAACCUUUGUAAAAUGCUUACUGCUUGAUAUAUUUUGCCUUGAAUCUCAGUGUAAAUUUUCAUAUUUUCAAUUUCUCCAUCCUGAACAGAGGUGCUGGAACCAAAGGAACCAAAGGGCCCAUUUAUCACACAGCUGCUAUUUGGUUUGCAUAGAUCUAAUUAAAUAGAUAUAAAACCAUGAUAAAUGUCUCCAGACCUAUACUGGUAACACUUGUCAGACUUUCAUCAUUUUUUGAGUAAAAUCACAUUAGUUACAUGUAUGUAUCAAUUUCGUUCCCAGUGUUCAUUUAAAAUAAGUUUUAUUUUUGUUUAUAUAUCUUUAUUAAACACAGCUGUAAAAACCUUUAAAUUUGCGUUGUACUCUUAUUUAUUUACAUAAUCUUCUUUUUCUACUUAAUAUUAGGCACUGCCUACCAUUUUGCUUACAAAAAUGUCAUAGUUAAGUUUGUGAGUCAAGCUGCCACACUAGGUGUUGUACAUGAGACUGUGUAUGCUUACAUUCUUUAGGACACCUGAUACAAGUUCAUAUGGCAAACAAUUUUUGUUGUACUAUUGCAUAUAGGCACUUGUAAUAUAGAAAAUCAAGAUAAAAUAUAACAUAUCUGAAUGUGAUGCAGUUGUAGACAAGUUUUUGUCCAUGAGUUUUAUUAUUUUGCUAAUAUGAAUUUGAAUGUAAUAGGCAUUAUAGGUAUUAUACUUAUGUUACAAUAAUGUUAUUUUUUAAAUAUAUUUUCAAUGUUCUGAGCUUCGUCUUCUACCGGAUUUUUAAUGUAGUGAUAUCCCAGACAAAGAUGUACGAUAUUGUACAUAUAUGUUCCAUUAGUUUCUCUUCUAAGUGAAGUUUUCUUCUUCCAUUUACAACUUUAAAUCUUACCUCACAUUGAUCUGUCUGCUGAUAUUGUGAAUUAUCUUGAUUGUUAAAAAUAUCAAUAAUAUUUGUUCUUUUAUUGGUAUUUUUAAAUAUAGGGAAUAAUUUGUUGGAAAUGUCAUUUUGUGUUUGAUGUCCUGAUCAGUAAAAAUCUCAGUAAUAUAUAUCCUUUAAUUUGUUAGAAAUGUUAUUUGUCUUUAAUGUUUUAAAAGCGUGUGUUGGGGUGAUAGAAUAAUCUUCACAUCGAUACAGUAGAUUAAGUGUAUGGUACACUGGGUUAAUUUAUUUUUGUUCUGGGCAUUAGGGUGGUCACUCCAUUAACAUUUAAAAAGUGCAAUAACAGUUAAUAAUGAAAGCCUGUCAAAAAGUUUUUAGAAUUUGUUGUAUGACCGGUUUGGAUUGUUAGGUACAUUUUGAGAAGGCCAAUCACUAUUUGCAGUAGAUGAAGCCGAUUAAAUGCACAAGACCCCGCCCCCCACAAAGAAUUAAUGAUACAGGUAACCUUAAUUUGACCCAGUCAAUUAGUUCAGGUCCCGAGUCAGUAUUACCAUAACCAUUGUUAUUUUGAUACAAUUUGUACUAAUUACAGAUAAUGAUAAGCUUAUAUAAUUGGUAUAUAUUGGUGUUUAUGAGAUUUUCUAUUUAAAGAUUCCGGUUUCCUCCAACUGCUAAAGACCCCUACGCACAAGCAAAUUAUUGAAAUAAAAUUAAACCAUAUGUUAGUCCCAAAAUGACCUAGUUUGUGUCGAGUGGACGUUAAACCCCAUUUCUCUCUCUCUCUCUGUUUAAAGAUGCAUUAUGUAACAGCUAAAUCGGCCUAUUGCAGGUCUAUUUACAUACUUCAAGUGAUAAAUAAAUCAUUACUUAGACAUUUGUCCAUAAUCAACUCUUUAGCUAAUCAGAUCAUUAAGAUAUUGAGUGGAUUAGACAAUGUCUGCUAUAUCUUUGUUAAAAAACAUUGAUAGGGGCGUCACUCACAAAGACCAGCGAUUGAUGGUCUGAAAAUCAAGACUUGGUUAUUAUUGUAGCAAUGGAACUUGAUAAUCAAGUCUUGUUCUUGUCAAAUAUACAUAACUUUGCUCAGAAUAAAGUAAUUUGACUGAAAUUUUCAAUAUAUUCAUAAACUAUCAUAGCAAGAACAGCAAGCUUUUUAUCUCAAACUUACAUAUUGCAUCUUGAAUAUUUUUUGUGUAUGUUGACCUAUCAACUAAUUAUUGGAGAAUAUUUCUGAACAACUUGCAAAAGUUUAAUUGCUGAUCUUAUUAGAUUUGGAAGGGAAGUGGUGAGGCUGUCUUCAGUAUUUUAAAUUGGAUGUUUUAUAGGUAUUUACAGCCAAUAUUACCUUCCCCAUUCAUAGGCUUAAAAUUUCAAAUAAUUAGUAUAGAGUGAUGAAGAUAAACAAGUUUAAAAUUUGUCAUAAAUUAGUAUUUGUAUAUUGUUUGAUUAUACUAAAAUUUUUUCAAGACUUUUGAUGUUAUAUUAGAAGUAUGUUAUUUCUGUAUUUGACUGCUGUUCUACACUUAUAAUGUUUAUUUUUUAUGGUAUUAUUAUUAAAUAUUAAACAA